AUGGUCACUGCCAGAGCCAAAGGCAAGACCAAUGGAAAAUCAGCUUCCAAAGUUCAAACAAAAACCAAUGGCAAAACUAAUAGUAAAACCAAUGGUAAAACUAAUGGCAAAGCCAAUGGCAAAGCCAAUGGCAAAGCCAAUGACAAACUUGAUGGCGAUCUUAAUAAAUCUAUUGAUUUCAUCACUGCAAACUCCAAUGAUACCCUCCCCAAAGGCAAGACAAGCUCUGAGAAAUACGUCAAGUUGACUCAAUUGGAGCAUAUUCUAAAAAGACCAGAUACAUAUAUUGGUUCAACUGAACAUUUCGAACAGGACCUUUGGAUAUAUGACGAUGAAAAAGACUUAAUGGAUAGAAAAAAAGUCAAUAUAGUUCCAGGGUUAUUUAAAAUUUUUGACGAAAUCUUAGUUAAUGCUGCUGAUAACAAAAUCAGAGAUCCCAAAAUGUCGAAAAUUGAGGUUACAAUUGAUCCUGAAAUAAAUGAAAUUUCGAUUUUAAAUGAUGGUAAAAGUAUACCCAUUGAAAUCCACGAAAAAGAAAAGAUAUAUAUUCCAGAAUUGAUCUUUGGGACCUUAUUAACUUCUUCAAAUUAUGACGACAACGAAAAAAAAGUAACUGGUGGUAGAAACGGGUAUGGUGCUAAACUCUGUAAUAUAUUUUCUAACAAGUUCACCGUCGAAACCAAUGAUCCAACCUCAAAAAGAAACUAUAAACAAACAUGGCAAGAAAAUAUGUCCAAAUGCAAUAAACCUAUCAUAACUAAAAUCACGCCAACUUUGAUUAAAAAAGAUCGGAAUUUGAAAUCUUCAUUUACUAAAAUAUCUUUUCAGCCAGAUUUAACGAGAUUUGGAAUGAACGAAUUAGACAAGGAUAUUUUAGGUGUGAUGAAAAGAAGAGUUUACGAUAUAUCUGCUUCUGUGAAAAACGUUAACGUUUUUCUUAAUUCUUCAAAACUAAAGGUUAAAGAUUUUAAAUCUUAUGUUAAUCUUUAUGUCAAGGCUUUAACUGAAAAAAAAAAAUUAGAAGCACCAUACAAAGAUGAAAAUGAAACUGAAACUGAAAAAGAGCCCUAUGUUGCCUAUAGAAAAGUUAGCGAUUACUUUGAGGUUGCGUUUGCGGUUUCAGAUGGCACAUUCAACCAGGUAUCCUUUGUAAAUUCAAUUGCAACAACAUCUGGCGGCACUCAUGUUAACUACGUUACAGAUCAAAUAGUCAGUAAAAUUAUAGAAAAAAAAAAGAAGCAAGACAAAAAAACAAAACUAAAACCUUUUCAAUUGAAAAAUUAUAUGUUUCUAUUUAUUAACUGUCUUAUUGAAAAUCCUGCUUUUACCUCUCAAACAAAGGAACAACUAACUACAAGACCCUCUUCUUUUGGUAAUUAUAAAACAAACUUUAAUGUUCCAGACGAGUUUAUCAAAGAUAUUAUGAAAACAGAUUUGAAUUCAACUCUUGAUGACAUAAUUCUUAAAAAUGUAGAUAAAGAUUUACAGAAAACAGAUGGUUCUGGCCGAAAAUCAAGAAUCACAAAAUACAUUAAAUUGGAAGAUGCAAAUAAAGCUGGUAAAUCUGAUGGAUAUAAAUGUACUUUAAUUCUAACUGAAGGGGACUCUGCUAGAGGUCAAGCAGCCAGUGGCUUGAAAAUUGUUGGAAGAGACUACUAUGGUAUCUUUCCCUUAAAAGGUAAAAUUUUGAAUGUUCGUGAUGCUUCAAGUGAUCAAAUCACAAAAAACGCAGAGAUUAUAGCUAUCAAAGAAAUUAUUGGUUUGAAACAUAAAACAAAAUACCAAAAUACUAAAAGCUUGAGAUAUGGUAAAAUAAUGAUAAUGGCAGAUCAGGAUUAUGAUGGAAGUCAUAUUAAAGGUUUGUUAAUUAAUUUUUUUGAGAUUUCGUUUCCCGGUUUGUUAGAAAUUCCAGGUUUUCUAUUGGAAUUCAUAACUCCCAUUGUUAAGGUAACAGUAACUAAAAGAAAUCAAGAACAAAUUAUAAAUUUUUAUUCAAUACCAGAGUAUGAAAAAUGGAGAGAUACUAAAGGAGUCUCAUUAAAUUUCAAAGCCAAAUAUCUUAAAGGUAUUGGUUCUUCAACUGAGAAAGAUAUAAAAAGUUAUUUUUCUGAUUUGGACCUCCAUAAAAAAAAUUUCCGUACUUUGCAAGAUACCGAUAAACAAUGUAUUGAUUUAGCUUUCAAUAAAAAAAGAGCAGAUGAUCGUAAAGAAUGGAUAGGAAAUUUUGUUCCAGGAACUCAUCUUAACCAUAAUGUUGAUGCAAUUCCAAUUUCAGAUUUUAUAAACAAGGAAUUAAUUUUGUUUUCAAUGGCAGACAAUAUCAGAUCUAUCCCAUGUAUGAUGGAUGGAUUCAAACCAGUACAGAGAAAAAUUUUAUACACCUCUCUUAAAAAAAAUUUUAUAAUAGAAAAAAAAGUUUCAGAUUUUCAAGGUGUUGUAUCGAGUCUCUCAGCCUAUCAUCAUGGUGAUCAAUCUUUGACACAAACAAUAAUUGGUAUGGCGCAAAGUUUUGUUGGUUCUAAUAAUAUAUAUCUUCUUGAUCCCAUUGGUCAGUUUGGUACAAGGGCUGCUGGAGGAAAAGAUUCUGCUGCCGCAAGAUAUCUUUAUACCAAGUUAUCAAAAGUUACCAGGUCGAUUUUUCAUCCUUUAGAUGACCCAUUGUUUAAUUAUCUACCCGAUGAUGAUAAAACUAUAGAGCCGGAAUGGUAUGCUCCAAUAAUCCCUAUGAUUUUGGUAAAUGGAGCUGAGGGAAUCGGAACUGGGUGGUCAACAUAUAUCCCGCAGUUUAAUCCAAAAGAUCUUGUAAAAAACAUCAGACUUUUGCUCAAAGGAGAGGAAAUGGUUGAUAUUCAUCCUUGGUACAGAGGAUGGAAAGGGACAAUGGAAAAAAUUGGUCUUGAUAAAUAUCGAAUGCUUGGAAGAAUUGAAAAAGUUGAUUCGAAUACUAUUUGCAUUUCAGAGCUUCCUGCUAAAACAUGGACAGAUACCAUCAAGGCAUUGUUGAAUCUGGGAUUAUCAAAAGAAAAAGGCAGCAUCCCUUGGAUCGAUGAUAUGUGGGAACAAGACACUCAUGAUGGACAUCAAUUCUUUGUCAAGUUAUCUAAUUCAGAGAUGCUGAAAACAGCCAAGAUUGGUUUCUACGAAAGGUUUAAAUUAAUUCAACCUUUAUCGUUGACUAAUAUGAUUGCAUUUGAUCCUAAAGGAAGAAUUAAAAAGUACGAUAAUGUUUUGCAAAUCAUUUUAGAGUUUUACUAUGUCAGACUAGAAUAUUAUCAAAAAAGAAAGGAUUAUUUGGCAAAAAUUUUGAAAGAAGAACUAAUUAAAUUAUCAGCACAAGCUAGAUUCAUUAAACUUAUUAUAGAGAAAGAGCUUAUUGUUAACAAUAGGAAAAGAAUAGAGUUGAUAGGCGAGUUGGACCUGUUGCGCUUUCCAAAAUUCAGUAGCCAAAGUGGUAGAAUUAUUGAAGAAGAUAUUUUACUCAGUGAGAUUCCUGAGGAAGAGGAAGCCGAAGAGCUACAGGUUGAAGCAGAACCUAAUGAUCUUUCAGUACAUAGACCGGAAAAUCCUCUUAAGCGAUAUGACUAUCUUUUGAACAUGGCUAUUUAUUCCCUAACAAAAGAAAAAUAUGAAAAAUUACUCAAGCAAAAACACGAAAAAGAACAAGAGUUAAACAUUCUUUUAGGUAAAACAGCAAAAGACUUGUGGCUGAACGACCUUGAUGUCUUUGAAGUUGAGUAUGAAAAGUUUUUGUUGCAUGAUUAUAACGAAAGAAUUUCUAAUGAUCACUUACCACGUACUAAAGGUAAUAAAAAAGAUAAAAUCAAAAAAGCCAGAAAAAGU